ACAUAAAGGAGAAUCAGUCGUGGUCGCCAAAGCCAGGGUCUACCGCUCUCGGAUAUGGGUUUACUGAGAACGAUUGUCUCCUUCCUGCGUUCAAUGGUAUCUCUCUGGCAGAGGAUGGUCGUGUGACCAAACGCGACGUGAGCAAGUGUCUCUCUUCCUUCUAUGACCCUCUUGGUAAAUACUUAGAAGUAAGUAUGGCUGCCCGUAUGCUAUGGAGGAAGGUGGUGAUUACCGUCAACGACAAGUACAAAGGUGUCGUUCCCGAACAGUCUUACCAAUGUAUCGUCCCGGCCAACCUUGUUCAAGAGAUCAACUCUUGGGUGGACCAUGUGAAGGGUCUCGCAGAUUCCCCGGUACCCCG